GGUGGCAGAGUGGUUGGCUGUGCUGGCUCAGAUGACAAGGUUGCCUAUCUGAAAAAAAUAGGCUUUGAUGAAGCCUUUAAUUACAAGACUGUUACAUCUCUGGAUGAAGCACUGCGUAAAGCCUCUCCUGAUGGCUAUGAUUGUUUCUUUGACAAUGUGGGUGGAGAAUUUGCCAAUAUUGCUAUCAACCACAUGAAGAAAUAUGGAAGGAUUGCAAUCUGUGGAGCCAUCUCUCAGUACAAUGACACUGUGCCUCAGAAAGGGCCUUAUGUUCAGGUUCCAAUGCUCUUCAAAGAGCUUCAAAUGGAAGGGUUUAUUGUGUCCCGCUGGAAUCACCGCCGGGAGGAAGGUCUGAAGGCACUGCUAAAAUGGGUUGUGGAGGGAAAAGUGAAGUGCCAUGAACAAGUCACUGAAGGAUUUGAGAACAUGCCAAAGGCUUUUAUUGGAAUGUUAAAGGGAGAAAAUCUUGGAAAAGCCAUUGUAAAAGUCUGAAGGUCACGUAUUCCUGGGAGACUGGUGCAGGAGAACGUGAUUCUUCUGUU